UUAGCCGAGCUUAAGUUGAAUUAGACGCGAUUUCGGUGACACAGAACGCAUUUGAGGCAGCCGAAACCCCAACGCCCUGACGGUGUUAGCCGUUGUCAGUGUCCAGAUACCACGAGUCGGGUUUAUUUUUUGGACGUGUGCGCGUUCCGCGUCCGGACGGUCCGGCGGCCCGAGUGGAACGCGGACCGGACGCGGACCGCAACGACGCCGUCGCCACUGUCGCAGCAGCAGCAGCAGGCGGAGGAGAAGCGAGCGAGACGAGAAGACGGCGGCGGCGACGGCCGAGUGUGUUGCCAGUGCCGGGACGCAGGAGGGGCCUUUGUUUUGACGCUCGGCUGUUGUUUGUGUCCGCUGGCUCAGCUGCAUGUCCCAAAAUGCUCAAGUUCGGUAACAAGGGCGAGGCCAGCAUCACCUACAAGUGCACCGUCCGGCUGCUCGACGACUCCGAGGUGAUCGAGUGCGAUUUUCAGUCGCACCACAAAGGGAAAUACCUGCUCGAGUAUGUGUGCCGGCAGCUGAACCUCAUCGAGAAAGAUUACUUCGCGCUGCGAUAUGUCGACUCCAACAAGCAAAGGCACUGGUUGGAUCCAGCAAAGACAGUCAUCAAGCAGAUCAAAGAGAUGGAUCCGAUUCUGUUCAGCUUCCGCGUCAAAUUCUACCCCCCGGACCCUUUCAAGCUGAAGGAGGAAAUCACCAGGUACCAAUUGUAUCUGCAGUUGCGGCGCGAUCUGCUGCACGGCCGACUCUACUGCUCGGCACCAGAGGCGGCCCUACUCGGUGCCUACAUUAUUCAAGCGGAUUUAGGCGAUUACGAACCAGAGGAGCACGAAGGCAAUUACGUGGCGGAACAAAAGCUGCUGCUCAAGCAGACGAUCAAGAUCGAGGAAGACAUCAUUGAGCUGCAUCAGACGCAAAUGAGGGGCCAGUCCCCUGAGACCGCCGAGACCAACUUUCUGAGAAAAGCCUACCAGUUGGACACUUACGGUAUCGACCCGCACCCUGUCAAGGACCACCGUGGCAAUCCGCUGUACUUGGGAAUCAAUCACAGCGGAAUUAUCACACUGCAGGGCAGCAGGAAAACGAACCACUUCAAGUGGAACGAGGUGCAGAAAAUUAACUACGAGGGAAAAAUGUUCAUCAUUCAUCUCGUCUUCAACGAAGAUCCGAGAAAUAAGAAAAAACAUACUGUUGGCUUCAAGUGUCCCUCGAGUGCAGCAUGCAGACAUGUAUGGCGAUGCGCAGUAGAGCAAAUGCUGUUCUUCACUUUGCAGUCAUCGUCAGAAGCACCAACUGUCGUGUCAGGUGGCGGCCUGUUCUCAUGGGGAACGAAGCUGCGCUACUCAGGUCGCACCGAAAAAGAGAUCCAGGAAGACAUCGGCCCCCUGAGGCGGGAGGAGCCGCCCAUCAAGCGCACUGGCAGCCUCCGCCGCAAGGCCUCCAGCGUACCAGCUACCCCAUCAACCCCCGUUGGCACGGAACUUGGAGAUAUUCGUUAUGGCAGUCUUCCAAGAGCCAACCACUCAGCCCCAGACACAAGACUGGACGGCUCGGGUCUGCUCAGCGGAUCCGACCUGUCGUCUCCGUACAGCCCUGACGGAACUCUGCCCCUGCUCGAAACGGUGGCUGAAGACCAGGAGUUGUCCUCCAAGCCCAGAGACGACGAUCAAGCGGCCACUGAACCCAAGCAUGUUGUGCCUGAGCAUGAACGUUCUGUUCCUUCGAUCACCCCUGCCAUUUUGAUCUCGGCGGAGCCUUGUAACGAGGAGGUUGUUAACAAUCAUGCUAACACCGACGAGGUCAAAAAUGAAACCAAAUCUAACGGAGACGUUGUCGAAAUUGCCAAAGGAGUGGAGGAGGGUGGACAUCCGCCGCUGGGCUACGGCGACUACUACUUCCGCGACUCAUUUGAGAUGAACGCGCCUGAGAUGGAGGUGAAGAGCAGCCGCGGCGCCGGACUGGUGGCCAACCGCGAGGGCCUGGCGCUGCAGCCGCACCAGGGGGUGGUGCCGGCGGGGGAGACCGGCGUCACCUCAGGGGGCCGCCCCUUCAACCUGGUACGCGUGUUUGUGCCGUCGUUCUUGCUUGUGGCGCUCGCGCUGACUCUCGUGCUGGUGCUGGUGCUUGAGACGGACUCGGAGUUCUUCGGAGGUCUGCGCGGCCUCCCCGAGAUCGUCAUCUUGCGCCAGGAGUACUACGAGCCGGCCAAGCAGUACUUCCGCCAGAAGCUGGCCGCCGUCGUUUAAUGGCCGCCAACCGCAAAAUGCAACGAACCAAAAAGCUGUUGGACAACCGAAACUGCUGCUUUUAUUGUCAGUCAACAUCCACGCCAGUGAACCCCUUUUUCAGAGCAUUCCUAGCAUCUUGAGAACUAGCUUGAAAACGCAGUUCAAGUUUUAAACUAUAGAUUUGUGCAUUCCUCAUGCCAGUUAAACUAUGAGAAGGUAAAAAAAUUUCUUUAUUACAAUUUGAUGCUUUAAUAGCUAAUGAGUUGCUUGAUAGACAUUCGCGAUUAGAAAAUUAUUCGUGAUCAUUCCAGUCAGGGCAAAUUGAAUUUAAAAAUGUAAUAGGUUGCAUACAUGUAGAAAUCUUCCACUGAAUCAAAUAAGAAACAUAGCCACGCAGUUCAAUAUUUUGCCAAUUGUGAACCGCAAAUACAUUUGCAAGGAACGACCACUGUAAAAAUUAAACCAGUUUAUCUCAUUUUUCUCCAACGAAAUUACUGCGUUUGGUAUAUUAUCAAAGCUAACGAGGUUUGAUAAUUUUUCAAGUGUGAUGAUUGAAAAUCGCAGUUAUUAAGGAAAAAUCAAAGCGAUUAAUCAAAUCUAUUUAAAUUCGAAAAUUGCCAACCUACUUCUAUCCUGAUCAUGAACAAAAUCGUCUGCACAAUAAUAUUUUUACUAUUUGUACACUCCACUCAAAUUUAAAACAAGACUUUGAAUUGUGACCAUGCGUUGCCAGAAAACGUUAUAAUAUAUUUUGCUCUUUUGGUAUUUUCAACACUUUCUGUUGAGCCAGCGCUUGUUGCAUUUUGUGUGGCGACCAUUAAAAGUGCCUCCUUUCGCCGGGGUGUCAGCUGCUCUUAAUUUUGUCUCCAUCUCGCCAGUUGUGUACAUAACUAUCGUAAGUGCGUGCGCGUUUCUCCUUUGCUCUCUGAGUAUAACAUAAUUUUUUCCCUAUCUAUUUUUCCAUGCGCUAAAAUUCAGACUUUUCGACUAUUUUACGAGGGAGAAACAAAGCACCAGUGAGAGAAAAUUCCGCAUUAUUUUUUAGUUUAUUUUUACCUCUUAACUUAAGCACUCUGAUCACUCGAUUGAUUUGACUUUGGGCAAGCUUUAAUUAGUUUUAAAUAUUUUUACUUUCAACCUUUUGAUAGAUUUUUGUAAAUAAAAACGAGGAUCGGUUGCACGAAAAUACACAAUAUUGUAGAUUUUCACCAAGAGGCUGGUACGGUUGUUGAAGGCCAAAAAUUGUAUUCGAGCUCAGCCAGUGACAUUUCUUGUACGAACAUUCCGCUUUAUUUAUUGCUAUCAAGUACCUGAAACGGGAAAUAAUAUUUUUAAAGCUUGUGAAAUUGUUUCGGCCCAGUUUUCAUCCUCAGCAUCACUAGAUUCUAGUCUUCAUCUUAUUACCCAUCCAAAUUUCUAUUGUAAAAUUGUAUCUUCUGUUUCAAUAAUUUUUAUCUUUUGUUUGUUUAUUUUGUGAGUUUAGCGCUGUGACUGGUUUUGGAAAAGUUGAAUUUAUAUUCUAAUAAUUUUGUUUUUCAAUGUGUUGCCUGUGUGAGUUGUGUGUAAACAAAAUCACCAUAAACGUGUAUGGACUAUGGAGCCUGUCUUUUGCGAUUUGCUGAAUUAUUUUGACUGGAGCUCUCGGAAAACGCAUUCGAAUCAAAUCUCUUGAUGGACCAGAAACGAUGUAUCAAAAGUCAGGGGCUCUUCCCCCGCUGGAAAUACUCUUUUCAAAUUCUCUUUUGGUAGCCAGAGCUUAUUAUAGCAGCAGCAAUAUGAGAUUUGUAGGUUAAAUGAAAAUAUAUGAAAAGAAUGCGCGCAAUAACGAUUGGUUUUUACGUGCAUUUCCUAUGGAAUACAUAAUUAAAUGCAUUUUUGAUUGAUUUUCUCUCCUACCACCUUAUAAUUAAGAAAAUGGCGUUGUCAAUUAAAAUCCAUCUUUUAGCAAUACAGGCCAAAUGUACGAAUUAGGAAAGUCUUGUUUGAAAGAAGAGGUGCUUUUUAAAAGAUGUGAGAGAACAUGACAUCACUGGAAAUAAAAUUAACAAACUUUUACAGCUUA